AUGUUGGGAUGUUCGAGAAGGCUUUUUUAUAGAGUCAGAUUGUCACCUAUAAGGAGAACAUUAUCUACAUCGCCCGUGAAACCAAACCCUCUAACAGUGGCGCCGGCUAGAAAGAGAAAUUUCAAGUUUUCGUAUGAAAGAUCAAGCCAUACCAUAGUCGAAGAGCCGGAAUUGAAGGUACCAGAAAAUAAACUAGACUUUGCCAAUUAUCAAAGGAACUCCUACAAGUUGAAGAUCUCCGAAGAAGAUGCAAAGAAGAUACCUUCCAUUCUUACCCUACAUGCUAGAUUAGUUUUAUCUUCGAAAUAUCAGUACUCAACUCUAGUGAGAGCGCUUACUUGCCAGAUGAAGGAAAAUGAGUAUGCUGACAACAAGCAAAUGGCCUUGUUUGGAGCAAACUUACUUUCCUUUUACGUCACUGAAAAUCUGAUUUCCAACUAUCCAAGACUUCCAAUAUCCAUUCUCAAAACCGCUACUGACGCUUAUAUUGGAGACUUUUCUCUCUGCGAUGUCGCCCAGAACAGUUGGGGUAUUGAGCAAGACGAAACCUCCAAUUUGGAAAAGUAUCUUUCCAGUGAGCCGAAGCUAUUCAGAUUUGGAAGACUUAGAUACGACAAGCACACUACCCAGGUCGAAAAGGGUAUCACAAAAUUUGAUAACGUUACAGUGACAUCUCUCGAUCAUGCUACAGCCUUUGCAGACGCCGUUAGAGCCAUCGUGGCCGGUGUGUAUGCACAUGAUGGUGAAGAAAUCACCAAAAAGUUUAUCCAGAGCCAUGUUCUUUCCAGAAAGAUCGAUAUAUCCUCGAUGUUUCAAUUUAGAGAGCCCGGAAAAUUACUUUCCCGCCUAUUAAGAGUAAAACAGAUGGAACCACCCACCGUCAGACUUAUUAGUGAAACUGGUAGGUUGUCCAACUCGCCAAUAUUUGUUGUCGGCUGUUUCAGUGGCGAUAGCAUGUUGGCAGGAGGAGAAGGAUCAUCUUUGAAAGAAGCACGAAUUAGAAGCUUUGUGAAUGCGCUUAAGGCAUUUUACUUGUAUAAACCAUUGGACUCAAAAAUGCCAAGCGAUGAUGAUUUCAAGCCUUUGUUCGUAGAUGAAGGUGAACCAUUCUACUGA